AUGGCGAUCUCUAUCCAUACGUUGCGACCGGAGUGGCGAAAGAGCUACGAAGCUUGUCACGUCGAGAUACCGCGAAAGGAUGAUGCAGUCUAUGUAGACUGCUCUGUAAAGCUGAUAAGUCAGAAACUGACUAUUCGUUAUCUUGCAUUCGACUCACCAGAAGAGGUCAUAAAUCUUCAACAUCAUCCAGAGGCUUAUACCGCAUACAUAGUAUGCAGUGGUCAUUUCAAGUUUUGGAAUGGUAACACGUGCCGUCACUUGCAAGGCGGAGAUUUUGCCUUUAUUCCUCCAGGAACUACUUAUGGCUAUCAGCCACUUGCACCAAAUUCAGAAUUAUUGAGAUUUAAGACGCUGGAGGACCAGACCGAUCUCUUGCAAGCUAUGAGACAAUUUCACAGCAAUUGCUUUUCUAGCCAUCCGGGCCAGCGAGAAGUUGCGUCAGUCGAUGCAAAGGUUACUUGCGUUCCUGGUAGUUGCCGCCUACCCGACUUAACAUGUUUUUCAGAAACGGAGAAUACUAUACCAAUAAUAGUAGAACCGUAUUUUCUUCGUCUUCCUGUCAGCCCUCGAUGGAUCUUUGGUGGAGUAAUGACGCGACCCUGCGUAAAAGCAACCCACUGCGAAGGGAAGUUCUCCAUAUCUGCUAUGGAGACGUCUGAUGCUCACCGAGUGCAGCCAUUCCUCAACCGUUGGCUAAGCUUCACAAGAGUGGAUCACUGCUUCUGCGUUGUGGAGGGCACAUUUAAGAUAAAGUUCAGAGGUCACGUGGAAUGGACUCUCAUUCGAGGGGGCCAGGCUAUUACAGUCCCAGCAAGGCAAGGAUUCACUGUUGAUGUGGGUAGUGGAUUUCUUCGGUUGGUUACUAUUACAAACGGUACUGGCAUUGACGAGUUGAUUUGUAAAGCCGGAUACCAAUGCGCAAGUUUGACACUACCGGAGACAGUGAGUUGUUGGGAUGGUUGGGAUGAAGUCCGUUUUAUAUCAGCCUGUUCCGAGGUAGGAGCUCUGCUUGGAUAA